GAGGAGGAGAUCUCUGGAAGAAUUCCGCUUCCGCUGCCAGAGGACAAACCCGAGCGAUCCUCAUCCUCCACCAUGGCGACAUCCCCCCAGAAAUCCCCCAGCACCCCCAAAUCCCCCCCAUCCAGGAAGAAGGACGACUCCUUCCUGGGGAAACUCGGGGGGACCCUGGCCCGGAGGAAGAAGGCCAAAGAAGUAUCCGAGCUUCAAGAAGAAGGAAUCAAUGCCAUCAACCUGCCUCUUAAUCCCAUUCCAUUUGAGCUGGACCCGGAGGACACCAUGCUUGAGGAGAAUGAGGUGAGGACCAUGAUUGACCCGUACUCCCGGAGUGACCCCAGAUUACAGGAACUCAUGAAGGUCUUAAUUGACUGGAUAAACGACGUGCUGGUUGGGGAGAGAAUCAUCGUGAAGGACCUCGCUGAGGAUCUGUAUGAUGGGCAGGUGCUCCAGAAACUCUUUGAGAAGCUGGAAGGGGAGAAGCUGAACGUGGCGGAAGUGACACAGUCUGAAAUUGCUCAAAAGCAGAAGCUGCAGACCGUGCUGGAGAAGAUCAAUGAAACCCUGAAACUACCGCCAAGGAACAUCAAGUGGAACGUGGACUCUGUUCAUGCCAAGUCCGUGGUGGCCAUUCUUCACCUGCUGGUGGCGUUGUCCCAGUACUUCCGGGCUCCGAUUCGGCUUCCGGAUCACGUCUCCAUACAAGUAGUCGUUGUACAGAAGCUGGAUGGAAUGUUGCAGUCGCGCCAGAUUCAGGAGGAAAUCACUGGUGACACAGAGGCCUUAUCAGGCAGACAUGAAAGAGAUGCAUUUGAUACGCUCUUCGACCAUGCGCCGGAUAAACUGAAUGUAGUGAAAAAGACUUUGAUCACAUUUGUUAACAAACACCUAAAUAAACUGAACCUGGAAGUGACGGAGCUGGAGACACAGUUUGCAGAUGGCGUGUAUCUGGUCCUGUUAAUGGGUCUUCUGGAAGGAUACUUUGUUCCCCUUUACAAUUUCUUUCUGACUCCCGACAGCUUUGAACAGAAGGUCCUGAAUGUAUCGUUUUCCUUCGAGCUCAUGCAAGAUGGCGGUCUGGAGAAACCAAAGCCGAGGCCGGAAGACAUUGUCAACUGCGACCUGAAAUCCACUCUCCGCGUCUUGUACAAUCUCUUCACCAAGUAUCGGAGUCUGGAGUAAAAAAAAAAAAAAAAAGCACUCAACUAAAGAUAAUAAUCCAUCGAUACUCCAUUCCUCUCAGCCGUGUUUACUCGCCGCUGGAGAAAAAAAGAGAAAAAAGGGAACAAUUUUUGUAUUAUUUUUCUUUUCUAUUGUACAAAAGAAACUUGAUAUUGUAAGUCGUAAAAAAAAAGGCGACUUACAAGAAAAAAAAGUAUUUUGAAGUAGCGAGGGCCUAACAAAGUUACCCCGCUCUAUAGCGAUCGUUUAUUGGUCUGUAUGGUUAGGAUGGUGCCAAUCGUUCUUGAAUCACACUAAUUCUGGCUGCUGCUUUUAGUCACAGUCAUAAAUGUUUUUGGAUUUACAAGUUUAGCCUACCAAAAACUCAAAGGGGUGUAUUUAUAAAAAAUAAAUAAAAAAAACAAGAUAACUGUCCAUCCAUCGAAACUGCAUGUAAAUUCUGCAGAUCAAAUUUUAUCCAUUGAAAAAAAUGUGUGAGUGGGGGAACAAUACUGCAUUAUGGCCACUAGAUGGAGAUGAGGAGCCUACUUAAUUUCCCAAAAUAUUCAGCACCAUCUAGUGGCCUUAAUGCAUUAUUUUUACCCUUCACACUUUUUUUUUUUUUUUUUUUUUUUUUUUUAAUAAAAUUCGUUCUGCAGAGAAUUUAGCCUGAGAACAUUCACUUGCACACAGAUAUCAUUUUCAUGCAGUUUUAUUUUAUUUUUAUUUUUUAUUUUUAUCUUUAUAAAUACACCUCAAAGUGAUUUACAGGGUUAGCCAACCAAAAUCUCAAAGUAGUGUAUUUAUAAAAAAAAAAAAAAAAAAUCUGUCCAUCUAUUUUUUAAUAAUUUAAUAAAUUGCAUGUAAAUUUUGUAGAUUGAAUGUUAUCCAUUGGAUAAAAGAGCGAAUGGGGAAAAUAUUGCAUUAUGGCCACUAGAUGGAGAUGAGGAGCUCACUUAUUUUCCAAAAUAUUCAGCACCAUCUAGUGGCCUCAAUGCAUUAUUUUCCCCUUCCCGCUUUUUUUUUUAAUAACAUUCUUCCUGCAGAGAAUAUAACCUGAGAACAUUCAAUUGCCCCAUGCACGCAGAUCAAAUUUUCAUGCAGUUUUGUUUUAUUCUUAUUU